AUGAAGGAGGCAUUUCCCGAUAACCAAGGUCGGCGAGGGACCUCAAGUAACACUCGAAGUGCCCCGAAGGAAGCCCCGAAGGACACCCGAAGGACACCCGAAGGAGACCCGAAGGACGCCCGAAGGACACCCGAAGGAGACCCGAAGAACCCGAAGUGCCCCGAAGGAAGCCCGAAGGUGACCCGAAGCGAGGACGCCGUCCCGAAGGACAACCCGCGACAAGAAGGACCCGACAGACCGAAAGGAGAAGGACACCCGAAAGGAAGGACACCCGAAGGACACCCGCCCGAAGGCACCGACCCGAAAAGUCCGAAGGCCCGAAGACGUCCAGGGAGAAGGACCCAGAACCCGAAACCGAAGGACAAUCCCGAAGACACAAAGGACACCCGAAGAAGACCAAAAGGACACCCGAAGGAAAGGAGACCCGAAGGACACCCGAAGGACUCCCCUAAGGACACCACGAAGGACUCCGACGAAGGACACCCGAAAGACGAAGGGACCCGAAGGAGGCCCGAAGGGAACCCGAAGGACUCCGAAGGUCACCGAAGGACACCGAAGGACACCCGAAGGAGACCGAAGGACACCCGAAGGAAUCCCGAAGACACCCGAAGGUCACCGAAGGACACCCGAAGGACACCCGAAGGACGCCCACCCGAAGGUCACCCGAGGACACCCGAAGGAGACCCGAAGGACAAAGGAAGGUCACCGAAGGACCCGAAGACACCCGAAGGACGCCCGAAGGGCCGAAGGUCACCGAAGGAGACCCGAAGGAGACCCAAGGAGACCCGAAGGUCACCCGAAGGACACCCGAAGGACCCGAAGGGACCCGAGGAAUCCGAGAGACUAACCUCUCCUUUGAACCCUGCAGGACCUCCCCCGUCUCUCUCACGCCGAAGUCCUUGUCAGCUCAUGGCAGCGUGGAGGUACAUGGCGUCUUAG